ACGGAGGAGGAGGCGGCGGUCCGUGCGGUUAGAGCUCAGAGACUCAGGCAGGGAGCAUGUGAGCGGGGCAUGGGCAACUGGAAGCAGGAUUAUUGUUGUUCAGCACGGCAGAGAGGCGCAGGAGGAACACUGGCAAGGAGAGACAAGAGGACGCUGCGACGAAUCUAAGGACAUACUUUUUCCUCCUGACAUCUCUUGUCAAUUUGUGCGCCUCAGAGAGAUACAUCGCUGGAUUGGGCACGCGCGUGUGUGGCCAAAGAUGAACGCCAUCGUAUUUAACAAGCUGAACAGCCAGGUCCUGUUUGAGGAGAAGGCCAAGGAGGUGGAAAUGAGCAGCAGAAAUUACCUGGAAGUCAUAGACGGGCAGCAUCCAGACCUGCUCUCCGGCAGCCCGAGCAUCAGGGACAGCCAGGCCAUCAGACACCGGCGCAGCGGGGGUCGUCCCAGUGGAGGAAAAGUGCGACACAAGCGCCAGGCAUUGCAGGAUAUGGCACGGCCACUGAAGCAGUGGCUCUACAAGCACAGAGACAACCCCUACCCGACCAAGACGGAGAAAAUCCUCCUGGCACUCGGCUCACAAAUGACUCUGGUACAGGUGUCCAACUGGUUUGCCAAUGCCAGGAGGCGGCUGAAGAACACGGUGAGGCAGCCGGACCUGAGCUGGGCACUCCGGAUCAAGCUCUACAACAAAUACGUUCAGGGCAACGCAGAGAGGCUGAGUGUCAGCAGUGAAGACAGCUGCUCCGAAGAUGGAGACAACCCUCAGAGGACACAGAGUGGCCCUGAGGAGCUCAACAAACCCAUGUACCAGAGUGUCAUCAAGAAGGAGGGCUCCUCCAUGAUGGGCAUGGCCAUCGGGAUGGGAGCCGGGCUGCGUUCAGCAGCAGACGCUGCCUCGUUGGCUGAAGACUAUGUGUCUCCACCUAAGUACAAGAGCAGCCUGCUGCACCGCUACCUUAAUGACUCGCUGCGACAUGUCAUGGUUGCCAACGCCGUCAUGGACUCUCGCAAGAGGAACCACUCUGGCUCCUUCAGCUCCAACGAGUAUGACGAUGAGCUGCUGUCGCCAUCUUCCUCCGAGGCUGAGGCCAACUUUGUUUAUCGGGCUGAAACCACAGACCAUCAUGGAUCAAGUAAAUGUGACAAUGGGAGCGGUGGCGUCGCAGCUACGCAGAAGGAGAAGGUGAAGGGCAAAGAUGAGACGUACUGGAAGGAGAUCAACGCCGCCAUGGCCUUGACCAACUUGGCACAAGGGAAGGACGGCGUCUCUGGGACAACCAGCUGCAUCAUUCAGAAGUCCUCGCAUAUAGCUGAGAUCAAGACUGUUAAAGUGCCACUGAUGCAGAAGUAUUAGCUCUGACAUGUGCCUUCGUCCCUCUAUGCAGUCCAAAUAUGGACCAAACAUACUCCCUCUGAACUCAAAAACUGCUUCUGGAGGAGGGAGAGGAGGCCUUCACCAUCUUUGUCCUAAAAACUUUUGUAAUAACUUAUUUUUUACGAGUCUUUUUUCUAUUUCUUCUUUUUUUAUGCUACAAAUGUUGAAUUUGCCAAAGUGCCUUUUUUUAAUUGUUGAAGAUAAAUCCACUGAUUGUGGUCAGUGGGACGGACAGAUUAACAGAGAAGCCUCUGUGGUUUGUGAAGGAACAUUUUGCUGAGUUUAGAGUCAAGAGUCAUUAUCCAGGGUUUGUUCCGAGUAAAAAAAACACUCCCUGUAACGAUACGUGCCUUAAAGGCAGAGUGAGCUCACCCUCUGAGGAACUCUAAUAGCACACGUGUGUGUUAGGACACACACAGAAAAUACUCAGUGAGUUAUCCGUGUUUUUAUUUUGACUGAGGUCUUCAUCUUGGCUGUAAACAGAACGCUGCUUUGUCUCAGUCGGACUCUGCUUUCUGGCAAGCCAUCAGUGGCUGCUGGUAAGCAUACGCCGAUAAGCAAACAGCUCCCUCCAUCUCAGCCUUGGGUUUCAUCAACGAAGCGAAGGAUUCCUCUCUUAUCGUGGCGUUUAGCUGCCGAAACGUGCGCCGGCGCUCAGCUGGACACACGUAGAGCCGCUGCCUCUGCACAAGAAUGUCGUGACCCAAAGGGGAUGUUUUCACUCUGCGUUAUCAGACAGUGUUGCCUUUUCACGUUUGAGAACAGAACAAGAUAAUCCAGAAUGAAGGAAAACAAAACAACACAAGAAGAAGAAAAGCCCCGUUUAAUCCUCAACUGUUCCACGUUCCAUUCAGAUGAUGGUUUACAAGAAGCCAGAGGAUGGUUUUAAAACUUUCACCCUCGUAGACUCGUUUGUUCUUUUUGAUUUUAAAAAUACAUUUCAGUAUUAAACCCUUAUCAGCCAAGCAAGUAUUAAUUGUUAAAAACUAAUUCUAUCUGUAAAUAAAAGCACAUCUAAAGGGUUGUGUCCAAGGAGGAAAAACAAGUUCUGAGGAAGCCAAAUCUUCAUUUAAAAUGUUAUUUUACGAUUGAGGAGUUUUGUUUUAAAUGCAUCUUGAAUGUGCAAAGUUUCCUUUUACAAAGCUGCACUUAAAGUUCUUGGUUUUCAGUCGAGGUGCAGAAACAAAGAUUCAUUUAAACAAUCAAAGGGCAUCCUGGUGUUUAGGUUUGAGCAUCCAUGGCAGCAUCAUAAAAUAAAACACCUGAUCCAGGCAGAACCAGGUCUUGUGUUUCUGAUCGCACCUUUUGAACCUCCCGGAUUACUUCUGACACCUCACACUAUAGCUGCAUGCUGGGAAGAGGCGGAGCCAACAACGAGGUCUCUACUGACCCUGGUACUGUACUUCAGCACAACCCCUACGCUGACCAGUGGAGAGCAACGUUGGGUUAAAGCAUAUAAAUUAUGAUUUUGUCCAAACAAAUGAAGUUGUGACCAGAGUUUGUUUCUUGUUAUUAAGUUAUAUAAAUUGAGUUUUUGUUUAUUUGAACGGAGACUGGAUUUUCAGUCCAAUGACCAAAUACAUAUCUCCUUGUAUCGUCUGAUUUGUUAAAUUUCUUUUUUUUAAUGAAGUAACUUGGUCACAGCAAUGAAUAAAAAUCUGAAUGAG